CUAUCUUGCGGCAGCUCGUGGGCGAGUUUUCAGUGUGACACCGAGCGGCGGCCUGCUAGCACACCAUGCCGGCGGGAAUCCGGUCCGGCAAUGCCACUGUCAAGUAUUUCUUCAUCUUCGAAAUUUUGAACAUGGUGUGCGUGGUGGCGACGAUGGUCGUUGGCCUCCUGUGCGCGAGCGUCAUCGAUGGCGGCAAGGCGGGACACCUCAGGGGCUGCGUCUUCCUAGUCAUCAUCUUGGCGGCCGUCAUCUUCGUCGUCACGCUCUUUGGAUUCUGCGGCGCGGCUAUAGAAAGUUACACCAUUCUCCUAAUGUUUGCGAUUCUGCUGAUCAUCAUCACCGUCUGUGAAGUAUUCGCCGCCAUUGUGAUGUUCAUCACAGCCGCGGGUUUCGAGCCCGUCGUCGGAGACGUCUUCAAGCUGGCCAGGGACGGCGGCGACGGCAGCGCGCUCGCCAGGAGCUUCGUCAACGACGUGCAGAUGAAUCUCCGAUGCUGGGCACCUACGACGCUUCGUUUUUGGGACAAACUUCCCAGUUCUUGUUGCUACAACGGGAAUACGUGCAACUCGUUGCAGCGUAUGGCGAGGGCUGCACUUUAA